AUGUCGACGCUCGGCAAGACUGGACGUGUCGCCAACCCGACGUACGAGCCUCAAGCAUACGCCCAGGGCGGCUACGCCACUUUCCGCAGCUUCUACCCGUACUACCUCGGCGAGCACUCGAACGCCAUCUGCCGCCGCCUUCAUCUCGUCGGCACGACCAUCUCGCUCGGCGUCUUUACACGCGCCCUCGUCGCCGCCAUCCCGCUCCUCGCGACGACCAAGGACCGCCGGCUCGACGUCCUGCGCUUUGGCGACGACGGGUUCAAGUCGAUCGGAAAGCUGCUCCUCGGUGGGCUCCUGCAGGGCUACGUCUGGGCCUGGGUCGGCCACUUUUUCUUCGAGAAGAACCGCCCGGCAACGUUCAAGCACCCGUUCUACUCGUUCCUCGGCGACCUGACGCUCUGGCGCGAGGUCGUGACGUUCCGGCGCCGCGCGUGA